GGCGAGCCGGAGCACCGAGAGCGGACCGAGUGGGAUAUUCUCAGGAUAUCACAGUGAAUGAGAAAUAAAAGAAAAAGCUAAUGAAAUGAUAAAAAUGAUCCAGCGUUUGUGGAUUUCAGAGAAGCAGAUUUAAGAGGAGAAAUAUUUGGCUGCUGGUGGAGAUAUUUCGCUUCAGAUACGCACAGAGAGGAGAGACAGCUCGCCGGCCAUGCAGCACUACGGGGUGAACGGCUACUCUCUCCACGCCAUGAAUUCACUGAGCGCCAUGUACAACCUCCACCAGCAGGCGGCGCAACAGGCCCAGCACGCCCCUGACUACAGGCCCUCAGUGCAUGCCCUCACUCUUGCAGAGAGACUGGCUGACAUUAUCCUUGAGGCCCGGUAUGGCUCCCAGCACCGAAAGCAGCGGCGCAGUCGGACAGCUUUCACCGCCCAGCAGCUGGAGGCCCUGGAGAAAACAUUCCAGAAGACCCACUACCCUGAUGUGGUGAUGCGGGAACGUCUGGCCAUGUGCACCAACCUGCCUGAGGCACGCGUUCAGGUCUGGUUCAAGAACCGCCGGGCCAAGUUUCGUAAGAAGCAGCGCAGCCUUCAGAAGGAGCAGCUCCAGAAACAGAAGGAGGCGUCUGGAGCUGCAGAGGGCUCCACAGAGGACUCCAAGACUGACCUCAACACCACCACCACCACCACCACCACCCUGGUUCCUGAGGCCCGCACUCCUCCGCCUCCAUCCUCCUCCUCAUCCUGUCACUCAGAGACAGAGAGGCUGGUAGCCGCACGGCCGCAGCCUGGAGAGAUGAGCGUGGAAGUCAACGUCACCUCUCCUGAGCCGUCGGACAGCGAGUCAGCAGCAGAAGAUAAUGCUGACAGAGAGGAGGACGAAAUGAGGGGGGAGACAAGGGUGAAGAUCAGGGAGGAGACACAGGGGGAGGGGGGAGUGUUGCCGGGGAGGAGCUCCCCAUCCUGCAAACAAUUGAGCCCCACAUCAGACUCUCCUCUGGGCUCCCCCACCUUGCCGUCCUCCAGCAGCGUGACCAGCGGUUUGGCACAGAGCAACUCCUACGCUUCCUCUCCACUCAGCCUCUUCCGGCUGCAGGAGCAGUUUCGUCAGCACAUGGCCGCCACCAACAACCUGGUGCACUACCCGUCCUUUGAGAUGAGCACGCCGUCCUCUCUGCCCUACCUGGGCAUGAAUGUCAAUAUGCCGUCCCCGCUGAGCUCGCUGCCCUGCCAGUCCUACUACCAAACCCUGUCACAGGCCCAGCAGGUGUGGAACAGCCCGCUGCUGCAGGCAGCACCAGGUAGCAUCCCCGGAAGCCUCAACAGCAAGACCACCAGCAUUGAGAACCUCCGUCUGAGGGCCAAGCAGCACGCAGCCUCAUUGGGACUGGACACACUCCCUAACUGAAGCUCGGGCUGCUCGUUCUAAGCGUUCGCCCUCUAGUCAGGGCCGCACCAUAUUAUGGGUCCUGUCCACAGGAAGUGACUCUGGGCCCCUCUUCACUUUCCUCUUGACCCUUCACCACUGUCAGCAAAUAUGUGUAUCCAUCCAACACAUACACAUCUCCAAAAACUUAUUAGAAAUAUCUCAAAUUAAAACUUAAGCUACCGGCUGCUACCAAAUUAUCUUAACGACGAUCUCUUUAAAAUCUGUCCAGAUUUCAAAUUUGUGCUUGUUUCAUGUAAUUUAAUUGAACAGCUGCUGAUGCUUUGUUUGCAGUUUUCUGUAUUUCUUAUAAACCUAAUUUCAAAACCAGAGAAGUGUAACAAACAAGUAGAAACAACAUAUUUUUUCAGCACACACAAAUGUGUUUCAGAGCAGGCACUUUAGGCUCCCUCCCUCAGUUCAGGGCCCAGGGUUGUCGACACACCAAUUCCCCUUCACCUCAUCGUCACCAUGUGGGUGCGCAGCUCACUGCUGGGAGCUCACCAGGACAUGAAGAACAGCUCUGCAGGAUCGACUUAACAGAAAAUAAGAUUAUAACAAGAACUUGAUGGACUUAAUGAAAAAAAAAGCCCCACCUGGACUGCAGCUGUGACUGAACACAUGGAUCUUUGCUUGUAGUUGAUUCCUUCUGAUCAGCAGUACGCACCAACUCAUUUCAGCCUCCUCUGUGAAGUGAAGAAAGUGUUGAAGUACAGAGCUGAUUCCAGGACAGAUAUAAAAUAUUCUAUAACUCCACCCCUGAACGUGAACUAUGCAUGCAUGCACCCCUCUGAAGCAUGGCUUACAGCCGCAGAACACUGAAUGAAGUCACAUCUGAUCUGAUAUCAGAAAUAAAGCUCCGAUCAGUCAAUAUAAUCCCCCAGCCAGCUGUAUUUCUUUGUAGAUGACACAUGACUCUCCUUGUUUGAAGUUACAGCACUCAGCUGAACCCAUUGAGCGUUGUAAAUAUCCCUCAGUGUUCGCCUCCAUCUGCCUGGCGGAAGAGUAACUCCAUGUCUCCCUUUUGUGUGAAGGAUUUGAGAGGAAAUGUAUUUUUCAAAGGACCUACAGCAGCAGUGAAACACGGGGAGAAUUUGCAGAGGAGGCACAGUGACAAAUAAAUAUGAACCCAUCCGGCAUAUAUUUUUGUUAACGCGGGUGGCAGAUUGAACUGGACAGAGUCACCACUUUUUCUGAGCCACUGGCUUCAGCAGAGAGACACACAGGGCCAUUCUCUAUGUAUUAUAUCACUGUAGAUUCAAGACAUGUAUUUCUCAAUUGUUUAAAAUGUGAGUAAUUUAUCUGUUUAAUGCAAGGGAAUA